GAAAGAGAUGUCAUACAUUUGACGGUCGAUGUUGUGGACAAUUUGAUCCCAUGUUAAUAAGUCUUCCCUCUUUCCAAUUACCAUUAUAGCAACAGGUUUGUUGAGGUUAAUCCCCCAAAUCUUGUUAGGGUCCAAUUUCCCAUAUUGCAUUGGGGGCUCUGUGUCAGACAGGUGCACCGUCCUGAUCUUGAAAAUAAGAAAAGCUGAUCCAAAAGAUAAGAUCAAUGUCCUGAACAGAGUGUCUGUGGGUUCAGUGUUUGUCCUCACAGUUGCUUCGUUUAGGCGCCAUGCAAAGCAACAGCACGCCGUGGAGCUCCAGCCCCCAUCCUUCAUCCAUCCACGCUGAGAUGGUGACUGCGGUGCCCACCAUCUUCCCGCGGGUGGGCUACAGUAUUCUUUCUUUCCUCAUGUUCAUCAACACGUUGUUGUCCGUUUUUAACAACAGCCUCGUCAUCACCGUGAUGCUGAAGAACCCGUCUCUCCUCCACCCGAUGAACGUUUUCAUCCUCAGCCUUGCUGUGUCUGACCUCAUGAUUGGCCUGUGUGGCUCUUUGGUGGUCACCAUCACUAACUACCAGGGCUCUUUCUUCAUUGGCCACACAGCCUGUGUGUUUCAGGGAUUUGCUGUCAAUUAUUUUGGUUUGGUGUCUCUCUGCACUCUGACCAUGCUUGCCUACGAGCGGUACAACGUGGUGUGUAAUCAGAAAGCCGGUUUGAAGUUGAGCAUGCGACGAAGCAUCACUGGGCUACUGUUUGUCUGGCUCUUCUGUUUGUUUUGGGCCGUGACUCCAUUAUUAGGCUGGAGCUCCUAUGGACCCGAGGGAGUGCGGACCUCGUGCUCUCUGGCCUGGGAAGAAAGAUCCUGGAGUAACUACAGCUAUCUCAUUCUCUACACACUCCUCUGCUUCAUUUUCCCUGUUGCCAUCAUCAUCUACUGCUACUCCAAAGUGCUCCAAUCCAUGAAAAAGAUCAACAGGAGUGUGGAGCUUCAGGGUGGGCGUUCCAGCAAAGAGGAAAAUGAUCAUGCCAUCCAAAUGGUCCUGGCCAUGAUUAUAGCCUUUUUUAUUUGCUGGCUACCCUACACGGCAUUGUCAGUGGUGGUAGUGGUGGACCCGGAGCUCUACAUCCCUCCCCUGGUUGCAACCUUGCCUAUGUACUUUGCCAAGACCAGCCCAGUCUAUAAUCCCAUCAUCUACUUCCUUUCCAACAAACAGUUCCGUGAUUGCACGUUGGAGGUGCUGUCGUGCGGACGCUACAUUCCCCAUGGACCCACGAGAGUCAGCAUCAACAUGGCUCCCUUGAACAGGAGGAGCCGACUCACUUCCUUAAACAGGAGCGUUAGCAAGCAAUGCAGGGUUUUGCCUCUGUGACUGUGAUACAUAGAUAGAGAUGAAGAUGGUUGUUUUUUUGUUUUUUUCAUUGUGAUUUGUUUAGAUCAGUGUUAAACUGUUGACUGCCUUUUUCAUAUAGAUAUUUGCAGGUUUUUAUGCGCGUGGGGAAACUAGCCGAAAAGAAAACAAUGACUGAAAAUAAGGUGGUUUUUUUUUGGUUUUCCCCACAUGACUGGGCAAGUCAAAUAAAAUCACACCCCUGAUGUUUUGUUCGCAAAUAAAAUGCGCUGGGCCUCUGUUUGUUUUUGGUGAAUGUAUGAAAACGUUCCUUACUUUCACAAGUCACAUAAGUAGUUAAUGUUUUUAGGGAUUUGGCUGAUGAAAUAUCGAGUCCGUAGACUAUUCCACUUUUUUUUUAUAUUACAUUUUGACUGUUUUCUGGGGACAAGUGCCCAGACUGUAUGUAUAAUAUGCUGCAAGCCCUUCUUUCUCUGUAAUAUGAUUUAGCAAGGAAAUAAA